AAGAAUGGAAGCGAAAGGCUAACACUACGGUGGCAAUAAAAUUAUUAAAAGUGGCAGAUGGUAUGAUGAGUUUGAAGCUUUCUAAUGAGCCGUCAUCACAAGAAUACGCAGUUGUUAUGCAAUUUCAAGACCAUGGCAAUCUAAGAGAUUUAAUGCGUAAAAAUCAUGGCCAAUUAAAUUGGAGAAAAUGUAUCAAUAUUCUCAGAACCAUUUUACGUCCAACGAUUCCAGAUUAUGUCCCUAAGCAAUAUAAAGAAAUCAUGGAAAGGUGUUGGGAACAUCGUCAAGAAGACCGCCCAACUGCAGAAGAACUAUCCGAAAUAUUUUAUGAUUUGUAUAAAAUCUUAAAAGGUGAAUAUCCAAUAUAUAAUCCGAAAUUAUCAAAAUCUGAUGUUGAAAAAGAAUUUAGCAUAGAGAAGGAAGAAAAAUGGAAAGAACGAUUAGCUAAAGAACCUUCGUUGCCUCUAAAGAAAACACAACGAUUAUACACCAGUAAACGCAUUGACUUUUUCAAGACACUUUCGCAGCAUUUUUCGCAAAAAUUAUAUCCUAAUAAUAAUGAUAGUACGCAGUACAAACUUGAGUUAUCAGACUUCAAUCCCGAAAUGACAGAAUAA